AUGCCUCACCCAGUCUCCCCUCCGUCGCUACCAACGGCCAUCUCCAAGGCUGCCCCUCCCCCACCAUCCCAGCAAGAUGUGACGGCCUUCCUCGACACUAUUUUCACCGCGCAGUCCUCCAACGCCUGCAUCGACGCUUGCUAUGCACUCUGCGAGGUGCUCCUCAACUCAGUCGGCGUUGUCGGUCUCAACCACUAUGGUGUCAUUGCCGAUCUGAAAAAGGCUGCCAACGAUAAGAAGAGCGGCAUCCGCCGCGAAUCUAGCCAGAACCUCCUCGGCGCCAUCUUCGAGCGUUUUCCUCCCCGACAGCCUAUAAGCGAAGUUGUCCUCCUCGACCCUGCUCAGGGUAUGGUUGCCUGCGCUCUCGAUGCUUUAGCUGACAAGGGUGCCGUCGUCCGUGAGGCUGCUCAGUACGGCCUCGACGCCCUCUUCAAUGGCCUCAGCGCUGAGAGCCUCGUCUCUGGUCUCCUUCCUGCACUGACAGCAUACCUCUCCAAGAAGACUGGCAAGUGGCAGGGCACUGUCGGCGCCUACAAACUCCUCCAGAAGAUGGCCGACAAGUCCAAGUUUACUGUCGGGACCACCAAGGAGGAAGCCGCCGAGAAGGACGUCCUCCGCGAAGCCAUGGGCGCCAAGCUCGCUUCCCUCAUCCCCAUAGUCGAGGAUGGCAUGCAUGAUCUGAAAUCCGAGGUUGAAAAGCAGGCUGUUCAGACCAUGAACUCUCUCACCGCGCUUCUUUCCAACGACGAUGUUGCCCCUCGUAUUCCGCUCCUUGUGGACACCAUGCAGCACCCUUCCUCUCAGACGCUGCAGAAGGCGAUCCACGCUCUUUCGCAGACCACCUUCGUCGCCAUCGUCACUUCACCCGUUCUCGCGCUGCUCACUCCUUUUCUGGAGCGCUCCCUGAACAACCCAAAUACUGCUCAGGAAAUUCUGCGCCAGACAGUCGUUAUUGUUGAGAACUUGACCAAGCUUGUCCACGAUCCCAUCGAGGCCCGUACUUUCCUUCCUAAGCUUACCCCUGGUGUCAAGGGCGUCUGCGACCGCGCUUCGCUCCCUGAGGUCCGUGAGCUCGCGGAGCGUGCCCUGGCUACCAUGAAGAAGGCCAUGGGCGAGGACAGCGAUAUCAUUGCCCGCACAACCCCUAAAGAUGUUGCCAAGGUCCUCGACGCCGAAGUCCAGAAGAACAAUGGUCUCGCCGGCCAGCUCGAUCUUUACAAUCAGGCUGAGCCUUAUAUUUGCGACAUGGUAGCUACAGACGUCAACUACCGAUUCGUUACUCGCAUCGCCGCUCGCAUCACGCCCUACCUACACAAUCUGGUUCAGAACACCGAUAUACCUACUACUAUCGGCAACGCCGUUCAACAAUUCUACGUUGAUGAAGACGCGCGCCGAUUUGGCGUACCCGAGAAGGAAGACGACGGCGAGGUCGAGAUUGUCAAUGCCGACUUUUCUCUUGCCUACGGUGGUAUGCUGUUGCUAUCACACACCAACCUGAGACUUCUCAAGGGUCACCGUUACGGCCUUUGUGGCCGCAACGGCGCCGGUAAAUCUACUCUUAUGAGAAGUAUUGCGAACGGCAAGCUUGAGGGUUUCCCUCCUCAAGACGUCCUCCGCACUUGCUACGUUGAGCACAACCAGGGUGAAGAUGCUGAUAUCAGCAUUCUGGAGUUUGUCGCCAAGGACCCUGAAAUCGGCCCUCAGGGUACCGAGCGCAUUUCAGAAGUCUUAGAAGAGUUUGGCUUCACAUCUGGCCCUGAAGGUCGCCAGAGCCAAAAAGUCGGCUCGCUCUCCGGCGGUUGGAAGAUGAAGCUCGCCUUGGCCCGCGCCAUGCUGCAAAAGGCUGACGUACUGCUGCUUGACGAACCUACUAACCACUUGGAUGUCACAAACAUUGCUUGGUUAGAGAACUACCUCAAAUCCCACCCCGACAUCACCAGCUUGAUCGUCUCUCACGACUCUGGCUUCCUUGACAACGUUACCACCGAUAUCUACCACUACGAGCCUAACAAGAAGCUGGCUUGCUACAAGGGCAACCUGGCCAACUUUGUCAAGAUCAAGCCUGAGGCUAAGAGCUACUACACGUUGUCUGCUAGCAAUGUCCAGUUUAAAUUUCCGCCUCCGGGUAUCCUGACCGGUGUCAAGUCCCAGACUCGUGCCAUCAUCCGCAUGAGCAACGUCUCGUACGCUUAUCCCGGCUCCCCUAAGCCUUCCCUGUCGGAAGUAUCCUGCCAAUUGACACUCUCAUCCCGUGUUGCCAUUAUCGGCCCCAACGGCGCGGGCAAGUCUACGCUUAUCAAGCUGUUGACUGGAGAGGCCAUUCCCAACACUGGAAAGGUUGAGAAGCAUCCUAACCUGCGUAUCGGGUACAUCAAGCAGCACGCGCUGGAGCACGUCGAGAUGCACUUGGAAAAGACCCCGAAUCAGUACCUUCAAUGGCGCUACCAGCAUGGUGACGACCGCGAAGUCCACAUGAAGCAGACUCGUCUCCUCUCCGACGCCGACCGUGCCCAGCUCGACAAGUGGGUGGACCUCAAGGAUGGCAAGUCUGCCAGACAGAUUGAGGCCCUUGUGGGUCGUCAAAAGUACAAAAAGACGUUCCAGUACGAGGUCAAGUGGCGUGGUCUGAUGCCGAAACACAACUCGCAAGUUUCGCGCGAGACGCUCAUCGAGCUCGGCUUCGACAAGCUCGUUCAGGAGUUUGAUGACCACGAGGCUUCCCGUGAGGGUCUCGGCUACCGCGAGCUGCAGCCAUCGGUCAUCUCCAAGCACUUUGAGGAUCUCGGCCUCGAUCCCGAAAUCGCUAACCACAAUGAGAUUGGUUCGCUGUCGGGUGGUCAAAAGGUCAAGGUGGUGAUUGCGGGUGCCAUGUGGAACAACCCGCAUCUGCUGGUUCUUGACGAGCCGACUAACUUCUUGGACCGUGACUCGCUGGGCGGCCUCGCUGUUGCCAUCCGCGAGUUCAAGGGCGGCGUGAUCCUCAUUUCUCACAACGAGGAGUUUGUUGGCGCGCUGUGCUCCGAGCAGUGGCACGUACGCGAUGGCCAGGUAGCACUGCGCGGCACCGCCGCCAUCAGCCUGGACCGCUUCGAGGACAGCAGCAACCCGGCCAGCGGCGUGGCCAGCGCGGUCGCCUCGACUGCUGCAUCGACUGCUGCCAAUUCGGUGGUCUCGUCGGCUGUCAACUCGGGUGCUGAAGACAACUCGGACAUGAAGUUCAAAGCCAGAAAGAAGCGCAAGAUGACCAAGAAGGAGCUCAAGGAGCGCGAGGCCCGUCGUCGCCUGCGUCACAUUGAGUGGCUCAACAGCCCUAAGGGCACACCUCAUCCUCCUGAUACUGAUGAUGAGGAGUAA